GCGACUGAUAUGGACGCCGGUGUAGUAGAUGGCAGAAGAGAGGUGUUCGGGGGAUUUUAGGCGGAUUGGAGGUCAAAAUUUGUUGCGAGGAUAAUCACACAGAAAAGCCGGAUCCUGUGUGUUUCUGCGCCAAGUUCCUUUUUCCGGAGUAAAAAUCAAGCGAGCCGGGGAGUGUGUUAUGGUUUUUGCCCGGCUCCAGUCCAUCUUCCUGUCGGCCCAUAGCGGCGUACAGCACCGGGCAUGACCGCUGGCUUCGAACAGUGCCACAUUUCCUGACUUUCUGCCGAAUUGUUUUGUUGGAAUAUCGAAUCAUUUCUAACGUUAUGAUUUCGCCAAUCUGAUUGAAUCAGCUGGCUUUGGGUUAGCAGGUGGCGGCUACAUGUUAGCUAGCUAUGUGUGUGUAUACAUGUGUGUGUGUGUGUGUGUGUGAGCGCGCGUGCUUGUGUGUAUGGGGGGGACAGCCUGCUUAAAUGACUGGAUGUGAUUGAAUGGAGAUUUUUUAUAGAUUGUCUUCUCUCUCUCUCUCUUUUUUUUGUUAUUUCCUUUUCACAUACCAGGAAAUGAACACAAAAAUACUGAAAUAAUUCAGCUUUAAUCUUUAUGAGAGAGCGUUAGUCUAGCUAGUCUCAUUCGGUUUACCUUGAAAACUUGAAAAUAAUCGAACAAAUGGACACCAAGAGACAUAAAUCAUACCGUUAAACACAACAGUUAUGACCAGAUUAAAUAACUGACCUGAUUCCGACACGGUGGGGCUUCUGAAUCGACUAAAAGUGGUGAAAUGAGCGAUAAUUAUUGCUUAAUUACUCUGUUAUAAGCGGAUAAUUCAUUCGCGUUCACUGAAAUCCACUCCUCAGUAAUCACUACCUUCUUUUUUAAUGAUUUUACUUUAGCCACUAAAGACUUUAAACGUUCUGUUGAAAGGUUUUAAGUGAAUCACGGUGAACUUCUUGAACUUGGAGUUGAUUGUUGGAAUAGUAGGUGGAGUGAACAUGAAGUCAGUCAAAGCGGAUGAAAACGAGAUUUAAUUAAGUUUUAAAGUGUAUUUUUAUUAAAAAUGGAAACUUGCCAAUCAAAGAAAUAAAGAAUGAACAGUCAAUUCGAGUAGAAGGUAGUGGUUUUAUGUGUUUAUUUAUUUAUUUAUUUUAAAAUAAACCGUCCUUUCGUUCCAACAUGCUAAUGUUGCUAAUUAGCGUUUAUGCAAAUGACCGUUAGGCGCGAGCUCGUCCGGAGUCAGUCAGAGGUUAGCGCGCGCGCUAGCUAGCAGAGUUAGCUCUCUGCUCGGUGGAGAUGUCGCAAAAUCGAUGUGUAUGUGAGGUCGGAUGUCAGAUUUUUCUUUGUAGGUGACAAACAAAUCAAGCAUUUGAGAUAAUUGGGAAAAGUCAGGACAAAAUAACAGCGCAAGUUAUUUUUUUUAUUUUUUUUUUUUUUUAAUUUUAAAAUGGUCACUAUUUAAAUUGUUCUCCAGCUCGCCAUGGCUGCAGGCAAGCGCUCCACAUCCCGAUGCACGCGCACCUGUCAGCAGCGUGUGUAAUCCAGACUGUGAGAUUCUGCAGCGUGUGGUGUUGCAUGUUGCAUGCUAUAUGUUGUGUGUGUAUGUCUGUGUGUUUUUUUUUUUUUUUUGUGCAAUGGCCUAUCUAAAUGGACCCAGAUUACUGGACUGGUCGAACUCUCCUCCUCACCUCCAGUUCAACAGAUACGUCCUGACGGGCUACAGACCCAUCUCCUCCGUGCAGGACUGCAUCAGGAGCCUAUUUUACCUGCACAAUGAGCUGGGAAACAUCUACACACACGGCAUCCCUCUGCUGUGUUUCUUGGUGCUGCUCCCCCUCUACAUGCCCUGGUCUCAGAUCAGUGUGACGUGGCUGGGCGUGGUCCACUUCCUGGCCUGUCUGUCUCCUCAGCUCGGCUCCGUCCUCUAUCACCUGUUCAUGAACCACGAGGGCGGAGAACCCGUCUACAAAAAACUGCUCACCUUAGACAUGUGCGGCAUCUGCAUGAUUAACACGCUGGGCGCUCUGCCCAUCGUCUACAGCACGCUACUGUGCUACCCGUUGCUGCGCGGCGCCGCCCUGCUGACCUACAUCGGUCUGUCCAGUUACGCCAUUUACUGCGCUGUGACGGCGCGGAGCAGCGUGCGCCGCUUCCGCUCGUUCGGGGGACAGGCGCUCUUUCGCUUCUUCUUCCUGGGGCUGCGGUUGUUGGGCGUGGGCGGCGGAAGCCCCACGGCGGUACGCCACUUCCUCACCAUGGAGGCGCUGGCGGUGUCGGGCGGAGUCAUCAACAUCGCCCGCGUGCCCGAACGCUUCCGCCCCGGUCUCUUUGACUACUGGUGCAAUAGCCACCAGAUCAUGCACGUCCUGGUGGUCGGCUCCAUCCUCUCGCUGCACUGGGGUGUCCUGGACGACCUGCUGUGGAUCAACACCUACGACUGUCCGGCAGACUGAUUGACCUCUGGUUGACCUCUGACCUCCGGGGCGGGGUUUUUCAAGGAAUCAUACGACGGGACUUGAUGAUUUUGUUUUUGUUUUUAGAAUUUGACAUGCAUCAGGUUUUCUUUAGACUCAGGGAGGGGUCACGAGCUCUGACCUUUGACCUCUUGACUCUUGUUUUUAAUCCAGGGGGUUUGUGAUUCAUAGGAUUCAUUCGCAAACUUGGAUCCCUGUGUAGAGCUCUGACCUUUGACCUCGGGUGCAGAUUAUUGUUCAUCCUCGCAGUUCGACAUGCAUUAAGCACU